AAAGUUUCUUAUGUAUUUGCACAUUAAUUCGAUCAAAUUUAUCAGCUCUAUCUCUUGAACAAACAAGUCGUUUAUUAGUCUCUUAAACAAUCAAGAGAGAAAUGGCUGUAACCGGAAAGCUGAUCAUGCACCAAGAUAUCAGUUCACGUGGAGACUUAUUUCAUGAUCUCCUUAGGCAUAGACCAAACGACAUCGCUACCAUUUCUCCUGAUAAGCUUCAUGGCUGUGAUAUCCUUGAGGGUGAACGAGGAGCGGUUGGCUCCGUCAUCUGCUGGGACUAUACCCAAGAUGGAGAAAAGAAAUCCACAAAGGAGAUAAUUGAAGAAGUUGACGAGACAAACCAUAUGAUAGUGUUUAAGGUAAUUGAAGGAGAUCUUCUGGGAGACUUAUACAAGUCUUUCAAGAUCAUAUUUCAUGUUGAACCAAAAGGUGAUGGACAGUUGGCUAUUUGGACCCUUGAGUUUGAAAAGCUGAAUACAAGUGUACCUUAUCCAACUUCUUUCAUGGACUAUCUAUUGCAUCUUACCAUAGACAUGGAUGCCCAUAACGUACAGCAGCCAAUAGAUGAAUAAUCUGCAAAUUCUGGUUGAAAACAUGGGAUCAAGAGGGAUCAAAGUUCCGGCAUUUAGCCGAUUAAAUAAGAUAAACGAAUUAAAGCAACUUGAAGAAUAACCGGUUGUAGCUAUAUAUAUAUGGCUACUUGGAAACAUAUGUAUUUCGAUUACCCGCAGGGUUUGUCGUUGUUUCAUUGUUUGUAUCUGAAGUGUUCUUAGUGAUUGUAUGGUCGUAUGAAGUUUGUGAAUCUUUACAUUCCCAUGAGCUGGUCUUGUUUAUGUGUACUAUUAUGUUUAAAUUCAUUAUGGUGGCCAUUUGAAAUGUGGCAUGGUUGGUUUA